AUGGUCGAUUCCAGCUCUGCAGAACUCUCCAUCGAUGACCACGACACGAGUCAGAGCCUCGACAUAGCCUACCUCUACGCUGAAGCCGAUGCUUUUGCACAACUUCUCAAAGACGUCGACGCCCUUCGCCAUGAUCUUGACUCAGAAGCUGAUCAGCUACACAACGAUUUCUCCAAUUUGAUGUUAAAAUCUCUUGAUUCCGAAGAACGUGAUGCUCUCGGGCGUUCUGGCACGACCACGACUUGGACGGAAGACGGGGUUUCAUCUUCAACCAAUAAUACACAGGCUACCGGAAAUAUCAAAUUUGAACGCUCGACCACCUUGGAAGAUACAGAAUCAUCUUUACUUUUUGAUUCACGUGAAAUCAUGAGAUUGCUCAUCCAAGAGUUUGGUUCUUUAGCAGAACCAGGUGACGAGGAACAAGUUAUCCUAGAAGCCGACGGUUGUAUGUGGUUGGGUGGUGUCAUCGUUGUGGGCGUCAUUCACCUCACCACUCACCGAUUGACCUUCCAUGCUUCUUUACUCUCUACAACGCCCGACAUGCCUCAACCUCAGAGUGUCAUCAAGUCAGGCUCCGCCUUGAUUUCUACCGCUGCAAGGAGUCUAUUUCAGCGGCAAAAGCGUUUGUGGAUCGAGCUUUCCCAUGACGUGUUGACCGUUUACAACUCGAGCGGAGACGAAGACCGAAUUAAACCUCGGAGGACAAUAUUGUUGUCCAAUAUCCGGAAGCUCCUCACAAAAAGUCCAACGAGUUUCGAAGUGCAAAUGCAGGGUGAGACUGGUAUCGCCGAGUUUGACACCCCUGAGGCAACUUCCCAGUGGCGCCGAGAGCUUGAAGGAGCCGUUUUCCUCGAUAGACACCGCCGACGCGAGUCUAUCACUAAUUCAGAUUCAGAGAAUUCUGGUAUCAGACUCAGUUUUCCUCUUGCCAAGAUCCUGAAAGUCGUUCCCUCCGACAACCCUCAAAGCCCCCUCUCAAUUCAUCUUCAACCCAUGCAUGAGGAGAACGACUCCGAUUGUCUUCAAGUUCGUAUGGCACCUUUGAUUCCGUCCCCCACCUGGAACCGUCUCACGGAGUUUGUUGACUUGGCGAAGAAACGUUCAAACAAUGAUGAUCCCCAGAGGCUCAUAAUCGUCGACCUCGGACCUUUGAGCUUUCGUGCUGCCCCCGUUGUACAGAAAUACGCUACAGCAGCUUCCAUAGAAGGAAGCAGAAUCCGUGCUGCCUUGGCACUGAGCGACGACGCCGAAGCAUGGAUUAAACCUGCGCGUAUAGCCCUCAAAUUAUGCUGGUCAGGCCACUUUGUCGUCUCAUCGCAGUAUGUCGGAUUCUGGUAUCAUACCUUUGGCCGCGAAGAUGUGAAAUACCGCUUACCUGCCGCGAUUGUCAAGUCUGCUCGAGCGAUUAGUUGGAAACGCUUCUGGUCGUACGGGCUGUCACUGCGAUUAGAAGGAUAUAGUGAUAUGCGAUUCCUAUUCAAGUCUCAAGAAUUACGUGAUGAGGCAGUAUUGAGAAUCAACUUCAUGGCUGGUGCUGACCGGUCCAAACGAUCUUCUCCGACCUCCUCUACAGGCCCGUCUACACCCACGUCCGAUAUGGGUUCAUUUACCCUGUUACCCCGCUCCACACAGGAUGUAACUAGCAUUUUAUCACCACAUUCAAGAGCCCACGCAGCCGUUGCCGCCGUAGGUUUACCCUAUGAAAUGGUCAGCAAAUUACCGAAAGCGAUCAACAUCGAGCACAACUUUUUCUGUUUUCCCAAAAAACCACUCCAUUUCGUGUGUUUGACAAUUGGCUCGAGGGGUGAUGUACAACCUUAUAUUGCAUUGGGACUCGGCUUGAAGAGGCUGAAUCAUCGCGUGACUAUCGUUACACACGAGGAGUACAAAGGAUGGAUUCAGGGUUUUGGAUUGGAACAUAAGACGGCUGGGGGCGAUCCUGGAUUAUUAAUGAAACUCAGUGUUGAUAAUAAGAUGUUUUCGCCAGAAUUUUUCAAAGAGACUAUUGGCAAGUUCCGGCCAUGGCUCGACGAGUUGCUCGUCGACGCUUGGGAGGCAUGCCAGGGUGCCGAUGUUCUGCUUGAAAGCCCUUCUGCAAUGGCCGGAGUGCAUAUUGCGGAGGCCCUUCAUAUACCUUACUUCCGAACAUUUACCAUGCCUUGGUCCAAGACUUCAGACUUUCCUCAUCCAAUGUUAUCGCCUCCUGUGGAUUCUCAUAUAUUGAACAGCAUCUCACAUACCCUUUUUAACGAGGUCCUCUGGACAGCGACUUCUGGACAAAUCAAUCGGUGGCGAGUGAAACAUCUAAAGGUUGGACCCACAGAUAUCACCAAUCUAGCUCAGUCAAAGAUCGUACACAUAUAUAAUUUCUCGGAGGCCGUUGUUCCUAAACCAUUGGACUGGGGCGACACCACCACCAUUUCAGGAUACUGGUUUCUUGACAAUCCUGACAAGUCGUGGUCCCCUCCGGAUGGCUUACAUGCCUGGCUAGAUCAAGCAGUGAAAGACCAAAAACCUGUGGUUUACAUUGGUUUUGGGAGCAUAACCGUCCCACGCGCCAACCGCGUUAUGCAACGGAUCUUCAAAGCGGUCCUUCAAAGCGGAGUACGAGCGGUCAUUGCAAAGGGAUGGUCAUCUCGUAUGGGUGAUAAGGACGAUGAUCCUGAGCCGCAGAUACCAAAGGAGUGUUACGUUGUAGAGAGUAUACCUCAUGAUUGGUUAUUCCCUAGAGUUGAUGCGGUCUUGCAUCAUGGUGGUGCAGGAACGACUGGUGCCAGUUUACGUGCAGGGGUUCCGACGCUCAUUAAGCCGUGGUUUGGGGAUCAAUUUUUUUGGGCUUCCAGAGUGCAGAAGUUGGGAGCUGGUCUGAGAGUGCCCAGUCUCCGAGUGAAUGACUUGGCGGAUGCAUUGACGAAAGCAACAACGAGCAGACUCAUGAAAGAGAAGGCCGCUUCCGUCGGUGAAAGGAUACGCGCGGAGGACGGAGUUCACAACGCCAUUUAUACAAUCUACACUUAUCUCUCCCGUGCAUCCCAGGAUAGGACGCUUUUGGACAAACCCUACGGCGUCUGA